GACCUCGCGUUAGACGUUAGAUGGUCAACUCUGAAUCCUUGGAGGCCUUGGAGCGCCGCGUUUCUCAAUUCCCGGGUAUGAUCGAGAAACCGAAUAUAGUUUCAACUUCAACUCGCGCGUCUUUGGGCGGGUACAAGUAUAGGGAAAGAUGGAACGCUCAAAAGAAAAAUGACAGAUGUAAAGCUAUCGCGACUAUCGCGAGUCGCGAAUCGCGAGAUGCAUGAGGCCCGUAAAAGGAAGAAAGGAAGGAAGGUAAUAAAGAGAUAACGAAUGAAUGACAUUGCGUGUUUUUUUUUUUUUUAGAAAUUAAGGCAUUUGCGGACAAUGCUAGUAGAUAUCACAUUGCAAUUAUCAGAUUAUCACACUCGUCACUGUUUCGCUGGCUAUUAAUCCAAGGUCGUUGAAUUGUUGCGAAUCUGCAGUUGAAUUGUUGUGACGAAAACAUCGGCGCGCGGCAUCGAAAGGAAAGCCACUUGACGAUGCUCGUCGUGCUCGUCGAGAGAGAGUCGUGCCAAGAGAGAAUGAGAGAAAGAGGCGCGGUUGAGACGCGGUGCUCGUUAACCAGGAGGUGGAGGUACCGACGGCCUUGACGAAGUGCCAGAUGGGGGUCGAACAAAGCGCUAUAAAGGCUUUUGCUUUUUCACUCGAAAAGCAGAACCCUUUCUUUCCUCGCUUCGAGUAUAGCACUCUCGAUACUAAACCGUUCAACAUGUUCAAGCUGUGUAUUCUCUCCGUUCUUUUGACUAUCGUUUGCGCUGCACCCGCACCUACGCCGGGAGCAGUUUUGGCGGCACCGGCGGCAAUCGCGGCAGUGCCAGCUCUGUCAGCACUGCCAGCUCCGAUCGUGACGGCCAGUAGCAGCCAAGUGGUCGCCAGGAAUUACAACACGCUCGCCGCGGCUCCGCUCGCCGCGGCUCCGAUCAGUCCGAUCGCCUACGCUCACUACGCUGCGACGCCCCUGGCAGCUUACGGCACUCAUGCCAUUGCACCUGCUGCGUACGCUGCCUAUUCCGCACCUGUCCUACUGUAAUUGUAAAUUGUAAUUUGUAUAAUUCAUUGAAAACCGAACUCGACUCUAUUUCGACUCGAUUCUGCAAUUGGAUUCGAACUUAAUCUCAAGUGAUGUCAAGCUUUUGUAAUAUAUCCUGGUUUCAAUAAAUCCAAUUUUUCCAUCUCAACUUUUAUGGUAUUCUUAUCCUCAUAAUCUGCA